UGCGUCUGUGGCUUCCUUUGUGUGGCUGGUAAGGCUCGGUGUUCAUUCUGUUAUGAAAAUAUUGACUUGGAAAGCGAGACCAGCUAUUAUGGGCGUAUGUUAAAACGUAAUUGUGUUACUUUGAAGCCGGAAUAUUGGUUUUAGGUAUAUAGCUGUAAGCGUAGCAGUUCAAAGUGAGUUCUUGAACAAAAUAUUAGUAGGUACAUUAGGUUUCAGAUAUAGCUUAUAUUAAAGACCGUGUUGAAUUAAUAGAUGUAUGUUUCUAAUUUUUUAGUUAAUUGUCAGCAGUAAUCACAUGAAUAACUUGAACUAACCACCUAAAUACUGUGAUUCCGUACUAACAGCAUGAAUGUUGGAACUUACGAAGGUUCGUGUUGGUCAAACAGACCUCAUGAAACCUUAAGUAUAUUUGAUCUUCGUAAAGACAGAGCACGUAAAAGCAAGAUACCUAUUCCCUCUGGAAAACACCGCAAGAAUAGCCCGAGAAAUGAUUAUAGCCCAACACAGGUGUAUCCAGAUAAGGUGUUAGUCGACAAUAGCGAAACCCGUAUACCAGUUUUUGCAAAUACUGCUGGUCGACUAAAGACAGACAGAUCAACUAUGCCCAUUCGAACAAAUAACAUGCAAGAAAAACUUGCUUUACGUGCACGAGUUCGGCAGAAAAGUCCAUCGAGUUCAACAACAAAAGAAUGCCCAAAUAAAAAGAAGAAAACAAUGAAGUUGAGAGGUUUGGAACUUGCUGAAAUACCUAUGGAGAUAUUCCGUUUAUCGGAUUUGGAAUCACUAUUCCUGAGUCCCGAAAGGGAAUCUUGCCUAAGUUAUAAGCUUCCAUACGUGCCGAAAGAAAUUGGGAAACUUCAAAGCCUACAAACCCUAGUGUUGGACACAAACGAGCUUGAGAGCAUUCCAGAAGAAAUUUCAUGUUUGAAACAACUAAAAGCUUUAACUCUGAGCAACAACUGUUUAACCGAGCUACCGAACGGCUUUUCUAAUUUAGAGAACUUGACAAGUUUACACUUGGCAAACAACAGGUUCUGUUCACUCCCGGUUUCUGUCUGUCAUUUAUCCAAUCUCGGGUUCCUAGAUAUCACCGACAACGAUUUAGAUUUAGUUCCUGAAGAAAUAGGAAUGCUUGCAGAAUCUCUACAUACACUGCUGCUCUUUAUGAAUAAAAUUGAAAAACUACCAAGCUCCUUUUCAACUUUAACAAACCUGACUUGUCUCUGGCUCGGAGAAAACUGCCUUAAAGAACUGCCACGUGACUUUGGUGAGCUGUUUCGACUUGACUGGGGUUCCAGACCCUGUUCAUCCAAUAUUGCGGGAAAUCCGCUUGUUCGACCGCCAAUGGACGUCUGUCAGUUAGGCGUUUACGCAAUUAGAAAAUACUUUCACGAAGAUAUGGAAGCUGAUGGUACAUCUACUGUCACAUGAGAAGACUAUAAAAAUAAAAGUUAAUAUUUUA